AUGGCUAGAGAUAUGGAGAUUGAGAUCAUUAGAAGAGAAACCAUAAAACCAUCAACUCCAACUCCUCAUCACCUUAAAAGCUACAACCUAUCCCUUUUAGAUCAGUUUGGUCAUCCAAUUUAUGGUCCUCUUGUUCUUUUCUAUCCCAAAAAUGAAAUUUCACCUCAACAAAGAUCCCAGAAGCUCAAGAAAUCACUAUCCCAAGUCUUGACUCUUUUCUACCCUCUUGCUGGAAGAACCAACAAUAACUUCACCGUCGAAUGCAACGACGACGGUGUUCAUUUCAUCGAAGCUCGAGUCCACGGUCUUCUCUCAAACUUUCUCCAAAAACCCGAUUCCGAUUUACUACAUCAAUUCCUUCCGAUGGAGAUGGAAUCAAGAAAAGCCGGCACGGGGCCCUUUUUUCUUGUUCAAGCAAGUUUCUUCGACUGUGGUGGAUUGGCAAUUGGUACUUGCUUGUCGCACAAGUUAGGUGACGCAACCACAGUGCGCUUAAUCCUAAAAUACUGGUCUGCCAUAGCUCUUGGCCACCAUGACCAUGCUGAUAUACCAUGCUUGGAUUCGGCGUCCCAAUUCCCUCCAAGAGAUUUCUCGAUGCCGCAUAGUUCUGCGGUGUUGGAAAGGACAAGGACCGUAACAAGGAGAUUCGUGUUGGAUGCAUGGAAGAUUGCAGCUCUUAAGGCUAAAGUUUCCAGCGCAAGCGUGCCCAAGCCUACUCGGGUUGAAGCCGUGUCCGCUCUAAUUUGGAGAUCAGCAAUGGCUGCAUGGAGAUCAUCAAACAAAGGGAUAGCGAAAAAAUCUGUACUAACACACACAGUGAACAUUAGGAAAUUGGCGGAGCCGCCGUUACCUGAGAAUUCAAUGGGAAACCUGAUUGCGUUCUGGUCGGCACGAACAGAUGAAAAGUUGGAGAGUCAAAGAGACAUGAAAGGUUUAGUUGUUGAAUUGAGGAAAGGAAAGAAGAAAUUCAGUGAAAAUGAAGCAAGAAGACUUGGAAUAUUGGAAGUGAUAUCUGGGUUAAUCAAAGAGGCAGGAGAGACAAGGGGACGAGAUGAUACAAACAGCUUAAUAUUUACCAGUCUGUGCAACUUUGGAUUAUAUGAGACAGAUUUUGGGUGGGGAAAACCUAUGUGGGUUACUGUUCCUAAUCCUUCACAUAAGAACUUAGUGACAAUGAUGGACACAAGGGAUGGUGAUGGUGGAGUAGAGUUUUGGUUAUGUUUGAGUGAGGAAGAUAUGGCAUUGUUUGAACGUGAUCCUCAGCUUCUUGAAUUUGCUUCACCAAAUCCAAGUCUCUUACCCUUUGAGCCCCUCAAAUGGAGCUCUGCUCUUUAA